AUAUAUCUACCAUUGCUCGACUCCUUCACGAACGAGCAAAUUCUUUGGAUCUUCCAGUUCUCGUUUUUCUCCGUCUCUCUCUUGCCAAAUUCCGAUGGGAGCUGUAACACGCAAUCACGCAGUGAUCUUCCUCUCACUACUAUUCCUUCUAUUACGUGCGGCACUCGCGAUCUCUCCUGAGAACGUUGAGGGAUAUAGCAUCAAUGGCCGAGUCAAAUUUCCUGAUUUAAGACAUUCAUUGUUGUCAAGCCAUAAUGUGCCAGCAGGGACUCAUCUAAUUGAAGUGGCUGCUAUUGGUUAUUUCUUCUCUCCAGUCCGGAUUGAUGUGAGUGCAAGAAAUCCGGGCAAGGUUCAGGCAGCUCUGACAGAGAACAGGAGAGUAUUGAGUGAGCUUGUUUUGGAGGCUUUGAGAGAAGAACAGUAUUAUGAGAUAAGAGAACCAUUCUCCAUGAUGUCUAUUGUGAAGAGCCCAAUGGGUCUGAUGGUCGGAUUUAUGGUGAUUGUGAUGUUUUUGAUGCCCAAACUAGUGGAUACGGAGGAAAUGAAGCGUGCACAGGAGGAAAUGAGAAACCAAGGUACUCCCUCUCUCGCAAACUUUUAGCAGGAGCGCCGAGGACCAGUUAAACAUUGGGUCUAAGAAUGACAAAGGCAUUGUUGUCAUUUGCCACAAAAUUGAACAAAAAACCUUAAGAAGUUUUUUUUUUUUUUUUUUCCUUCUCUAGUAUCAGUUUUGAAAAAAUUUGCUAUUAAACGAAGCCCCUUUUGUCAUCUGAUGCUAUAUUACAUUCAGAAAACCAUUAGGUUCUCUUUAGCCUACCCAUAUCUGAUGUAUUCAAUUAUUUUCUGUUCCCUACUACUUCAAUUCUAAUAAUGCUGGAUUAAAUUUUGUGCGA